AUGGUCAAACCGCUGACCUUCAAGGGCGACAAGAAGCCCAAGAAGCGGAAGCGCGACAAGCCUGCCGCUGGCUUCGACGACGACGACGAAGGCGCCGCCGGGCCUGCGGCCAAGCAGCUCCAGCGCGCGCGCGGCGACGAUAAUGGCGACGGCGCCGAGGCGGCCAGCGACGACACCUGGGUGUCUGCUGAGGCAGUCUCGGACGUGGUUGGACCCGUCAUGAUUGUCCUUCCCACGGACAAGCCGUCGGCGCUGGCGUGCGACCCGAGCGGCAAGGUGUUUGCCAUGCCCGUCGAGAACACGGUCGACGAUAACCCGGCGACGGCGGAGCCGCACGACGUACGCCAGGUCUGGGUCGCCAACAAGAUUGCGGGCACGGAAAACUAUCGCUUCAAGGGGCACCACGGACGGUUCCUGGCAUGCGACAAGAUCGGCCACCUAUCUGCCACGUCCGAGGCCGUCUCGCCGCUCGAGUGCUUCAGCCUCAUCGCCACGGCCGACACACCCGGCACGUUCCAGGUGCAGACGCUGCGCGACACGCUGCUGACGGUCAAGCCCUCGACGUCGGCCAAGGCGGGCGCGCCGCCGGCCGAGGUGCGCGGCGACGCCGAGACCAUCACCUUUGACACGACGUUCCGCAUCCGCAUGCAGGCGCGCUUCAAGCCCAAGCUCCGGGCCUCCAAGGAGGAAAAGGCCCUCGCCAAGAUCAGCCGCCGUGAGCUCGAGGAGGCGGCCGGCCGCAAGCUGACCGAGGACGAGAUCAAGAUGCUGAAGCGGGCGCGCCGCGAGGGCGACUACCACGAGAAGCUGCUGGACAUUAAGGUCAAGGGCAAGCACGACAAGUUUGCGUGA